CACCGGCAUUUUCAAAGAACCGCCGCCUCCAUGUGCCUCCUGUUGUGAUGGUUUUUCUCUAGUCAGGCUAGUUAUCUAAUCUCCUCCGUUAAUAACUGAGCCCAGGUGUAAGUACAUAAAGUAAAGGGAACGCAAUGGCCUCUGGAGAUAUUGCUCAGAUUACAGAGGCUCUGGCCAAGACUCAUGUUGGAGAAGUGGAAUUAAGUUAUAAGGGACGAGGGCUAAAGUUGGACAAUGCUGAAUCAGUGAAAGAGAUGGUGCAGGAGAUUGAACAGUGUCAGGGUUUGCAGUCCCUCAGAUUGGAGGGAAACACAUUGGGGGUUGAAGCAGCACAGGCCAUUUCCAAGGCUCUUGAAGCUAAAAGUGAAUUGGAGCAAUGUCAUUGGAGUGACAUGUUCACAGGUCGCCUUCGCUCUGAAAUUCCACCUGCUCUGAAAUCAUUGGGUAAUGCUUUGAUGACAUCAGGGGCCAGACUGACUCAGCUGGACUUGAGCGACAAUGCCUUCGGCCCUGAUGGUGUAAAGGGAAUUGAAAGCCUCCUGAAGAGCUCUGUGUGCUACACCUUACGUGAGCUCAGGCUUAAUAAUUGUGGGAUGGGCAUUGGAGGGGGUAUGGUCCUUGCUUCUGCAUUGACUGAAUGCUAUAAGCAAUCUAGUGCAGCUGGCUCCCCCUUGAAGUUAAAAGUCUUCAUAGCUGGACGUAAUCGACUGGAGAAUAAUGGUGCCACUGCACUUGCCAAAGCAUUUAAGUUAUUGGGCAGUCUUGAGGAGGUCCAUAUGCCACAGAAUGGAAUCAACCAUCCUGGUAUCAUGGCUUUAGCCGCUGCCAUGAAGCACAACCCAAACCUACAGGUCCUCAACCUCAAUGACAACACUUUUACUAAGAGAGGAUCGAUAGCCAUGGCAGAGGCCAUUAGGCACCUCCAGUGUCUUAAGGUCAUCAAUUUUGGUGACUGUCUGGUACGCUCAGAAGGUGCUAUUGCAAUAGCAGGGGCCCUUCGAGAGGGACUGCCAUUCCUCAGGGAGCUGAAUUUGUCAUUUGGAGAGAUUUGUGAAGCUGCGGCUUUGGUAGUUGCAAAGGCUGUUCGGGGCAAAGCUGAUCUGGAGAAACUGGACCUCAAUGGAAACUGCUUUGGAGAGGACGGCUGUGAGGCUCUCAGGGAAGCGAUGGAAAGCAUGAACAUGGAGGAGCUGCUGGGCUCGCUCAGUGAUGAUGAAGGAGAGCCUGAUGAAGAUGAUGAUGAUGAUGAUGAUGAUGAUGAUGAUGAGGAAGAGGCGGAGGUGGAUGAUGACGAGAAGGAAAAAGGUGAUAUAGAGGAAAAUGGUGUCAAUGGAACAAAAGAUAUCAUUGAAGAAAAGGAGAAGCCUCACUGCAGUUCCGAGCUUACAUCCUUCCUCAUCUCUCCAACGGCUGAGAAACUGAUGUCCCUUGGAGCCAAAAGGAUCCUGCUCAUUGAGCAGGUUGAUGUUUCAGAUGCUAGUAAGGUGUCAGAAGUUUUUCUCAAGAUCUCCUCAGUAUAUGAAGAUGAACCGGAAGUAAAGCAAGCUGUUUUUGAGAGCACUGAUGCCCUGUUGAGGAAAGCCUUUUCCAACUCCCACUCUCAAUCUUAUAGUUUUAUCUCCUCGCUGAUGGUGAACCUGGGACUUUUAAAGAGUGAAGAUAAAAAGAUAAAGAAGGUAUCUGUACUGCCUGGACACUUGCUCGCUUUGGAGCAUGCAGCUGCACAGGAAUUUUUCCCAGCGGAUCAGGCUGUCAUUCUGGAAGCAUUUGUCUCACGAAAUGGGAAAGUCUUAGAAUCCUGCUACAGUGCCAGAGAUGCUCUCAAGACCACAUUGGUGAAAAGGACCACUGCUUAAAUCUUAACCCCCAAUACAGAGCCACUGAAAAUACUUAAUACGGGUCAAAAAAAAAAAAAAAUGGAUAGGAUACAUGAAACUCUCUAAACUAAUGAUUUAGUUUAUCUUUGGUCAGUCCAUUCUAGAUCAAUUCUGGCAUGCAAAUCUCAGACAACUGUAAAGUACAGUGAUGAAUAGUGCCUCACGAUGAUAAACCCAAACUGAAUUUCCUUACAGAUGAACUGUAGACAGUUAGAGUAGCUUUGAAUAAGAGUGUUGUUCUUUUUAGAAAUAUGUCUAUUUUUAUACAUAAAAGGGAAAAUAGGAAAAACGGCACUGGAUGAUAAUUAGGGCUUAAUUAUCGUGUAAACCUUAAAUGAUUAUAAUGUUACAGCUAUUGUCUUAUUACUUAAAAAAAAAAAACACACAUCAACAUGGAGCCCAGAGCAUGUUCACUCUCUCAUGCCUUUGAUUAGAUGUGCCAUAUUGUGAAAUAUUGGUGGUGGAAUUUGUUUAAAACCAAACUCGUGUAUAAACACCUAAGAGUCUUUGGAUUGAAGUGAAGAAAGCAGUGAAAGUGAAGUGAAAAAAAAAUUGUUGGACAUUUAGUAUAUUUAAUAAUACAACUGGUAUGCACUGAAUAUUAUAUUUGCAACAUUCCAAUUUGUUAUUAAACAGAUUUUUUUCUUGGGAGAAAAA